AUGGAGACUUCCACUUCGCAAAGGGCUGACUCCACCAGGUUCGAAUUGCCUGCCCAGAAGGAAGAUGAUAUUCACAUCCUGACCGAGCGCAUCCCCAACCGGAACAGCAUAGCAUUUCGUUUGCGGCGCUUGUUCCUGAUCGACCGGCAACAUCCUUGUGCCACUCUGCACUUUCGCUCCCGUUGCCUCUACCGGCGGGAACUGGCGCGCCAUGUACGUGGCGACUAUUGGUACAUCAUCCACCCGUUCAGCCGGUUCCGGUUCGGCUGGGAAAUGUGGCUUACCUUCUACUUUUACACCAUUGCCCUGCUGUUCCCGUUUUUGUUCUGCUUCACGCCGGUACUGCCCGUUCAGUGGCAAGCAUACGCCAUUCAGUUUUCACUGAACGCCCUCGGGUCGACAUCGUUUUCUAUACGCGUUUUUACGGGAUACUUGGAGGAUGCCCGGACCAGGACUGUUGUUCUUCAUCAAGGCAAGAUCUUCCUUCAUUAUUUGAAAAACGAAAUGCUCAUCGAUAUAUUUCUUCUGAUUCCACACAAUCUGUUGCUGACUACGUUCUUUGACGAAUCCCUGGAUCACGACCAGCAGGCGUUUAUCAUGGACAUCGUCCAUGGGCUGAUGAUGCUGAAACUUGUCUCACUUCGGCACAUCUGGGGUUACAUCAUAAAUACUUUCGAGCGCUUCAAAAUCGAUCUGCUAUAUUAUUACUUCUUGCGCAUUGUGCUCAUUUCGAUGGCCAUAGUGCACUGGUGCGUCUGUAUCUACAAGCUGGCCAUCUACGAAUGGGACGACCCGGAAAAUCCGCCGGUGGCGCGCCAAUUCUCCUACCUGGACGCACUGCAGGAGUACGCGGUGUGCCUGCAUUCGGUGUCCUGGUUUAUGUUUGCCUACAGUUUUGUUGACCAUCGGCUUCCGGCCGGAACACGGGCGAAAGCGUUCAGUUCGGUCUGCAUUGUGGUUGGAUAUGCUUUCAAAAUUUUCAUCUUUCUUCAAACAAUAAAUUUAAUGCAAAUCAUGAGCUCGAUGGAUCGAAAGUACGCGGAAGUAACUAAUCAGCUGCAAACGUACGUGCGAUCGAAGCAACUGGACACGGCGGACAUGAAGCAACGGUUGCUCUACUACUACUCUAAACGAUUCGAGCAUUGCUUUUUCCACGAGGAUGUCAUCAUGGAAAGUCUAUCAGAUACUUUGAAAAAGCGCAUUAAGGAUUACAGCGCAGCGACGUUUUUGAAAACGAUUAAAAUCUUUGAAGGAAUUCCGCUUGAAGAAGUACUUCCGUUAGUCGAAAGAAUGUCCAAGGAAGUUUACCUACAGGAUGAUAUAAUCAUUAAGGCCGGCGCGUUUGGCGAUCGGAUGUACUUCAUAAUAGUGGGCACCGUUGCAAUCUACACGCACAGCCGUAAGGAGGUGUGCCACCUCUCCGACGGGGACAACUUUGGCGAGGUGUCGAUGUUCUCAAGGAAAAAGCGACCGGUCAGCGUGGUUGCGGUGGAGUUCACGCAAGUGUACAUGGUCGAGCGGAAGACGUUCAAGGAGCUGUACGCCGCCGAUCACGUGGUGUAUCAGCGCCUGCAGCAAAUGGCGAACACGCGUAUGCACACCAUCCUGGUGCAGGAAGAGCAGCACAAGAACCAUCUGCUAAAGAUGGGAAUGGGCCAAAAUGAGAUCAAGAUUAUGCCCUGA